AUACAUCAGGAUAGGAGACAAAGAGGUGGAAUAUCACCCGCGCUUCCGCCUGAUCCUUCACACCAAAUACUCCAACCCUCACUACAAGCCAGAGGUGCAGGCGCAGUGCACCCUGAUCAACUUCUUGGUGACCCGGGAGGGGCUGGAGGACCAGCUCCUGGCUGCCGUGAUGCCCAAGUUUCGCCGCGGUCUCUCCGGGGCGCCGGUGUUGUAGGCAAACCUCACAAAGAGCCAGAAUGAGUUCAAGAUCAAGCUGAAGGAGCUGGAGGACUCCCUGCUCGCCCGGCUGUCUGCUGCCACAGCCGAGUUCCUGGGGGACACAGUGCUGGUGGAGAACCUGGAAACACCGAAGCGCACAGCCAUGGAAAUUGAGGAAAAAGUGAAAGAAGCCAAAGUCACCGAAAACCAAAUAAAUGUCGCCAGAGAAAACUACAGGGCAGCAGCAGAGCGAGCGUCCCUGCUGUACUUCAUCCUGAGUGACCUCAACAAGAUCAACCCCAUCUACCAGUUCUCUCUCAAGGCGUUCAACGAGGUCUUUGAGAAAGCCAUCCAGCGCACGGCCCCCGAUGAUGACAUCAAGCAAAGGGUGAUCAACCUGACGGAUGAGAUCACCUACUCGGUCUACGUGUACACCGCGCGGGGACUCUUCGAGAGAGACAAACUCAUUUUCCUGGCCCAGGUUGCCUUCCAGGUCCUGGCAAUCAAGAAAGAAGUAAACCUGGCAGAGCUGGACUUUCUUCUGCGCUUCCCUUCCAAGGCCGGUGUCACAUCCCCUGUGGAUUUCCUGCAGCCCCAGGGCUGGGGUGGCAUCAAGGUGCUCUCGGAAAUGGAAGAGUUCAAGAACUUGGACAGCGACAUCGAAGGCUCAGCAAAGCGAUGGAAAAGGUUCGUGGAGUGCGAGGUGCCGGAGAAGGAGGCGUUCCCCAAGGAGUGGAAGAACAAGUCGGCCCUGCAGAAGCUGUGCAUGCUGCGGUGCCUGCGGCCGGACAGGAUGACCUACGCCAUCAGGAACUUUGUGGAAGAGAAGAUGGGGAGCAAGUUUGUGGAAAGAAGGAGCGUUGAGCUCGCCGAGGCGUACCAGGAGAGCAGCCCCUCCACGCCCCUCUUCUUCAUUCUCUCCCCCGGCGUCGACCCGCUCAAAGAUGUGGAGGCCCUGGGACAAACGCUGAGCUUCACCAUCAACAACGGGAAGAUCCACAACGUGUCGCUGGGGCAGGGCCAGGAGGUCGUGGCAGAAGAGGCCCUGGAGCUGGCGGCCACACAGGGGCACUGGGUCAUCCUGCAGAACAUCCACCUGGUGACCCGGUGGCUGGGAACGCUGGAGAAGAGGGUGGAGCAGUACAGCCUGGGCAGCCAUGCCGACUACCGCGUGUUCAUGAGCGCUGAGCCAGCCCCCAGCCCCGAGGCGCACGUCAUCCCCCAGGGACUGCUGGAAAAUGCCAUCAAAAUCACCAACGAGCCGCCGACGGGCAUGCAUGCCAACCUGCACAAGGCCCUGGAUCUCUUCAGCCAGGACACGUUAGAGAUGUGCAGCAAAGAAACCGAGUUCAAAGGCAUCCUGUUCGCGCUCUGUUACUUCCACGCGGUGGUGGCCGAGCGGCGCAAGUUCGGCCCUCAGGGCUGGAACAGACCGUACCCCUUCAACAGCGGCGACCUGACCAUAUCGGUUAACGUCCUGUACAACUACCUGGAGGCCAACCCCAAGGUACCAUGGGAUGAUCUCCGGUACCUCUUUGGCGAAAUCAUGUACGGGGGGCACAUCACGGACGACUGGGACCGCCGGCUGUGUCGGACCUACCUGAACGAGUACAUCCACGCGGAGAUGCUGGAAGGGGAAGUGUACUUAGCUCCAGGGUUUCUGAUCCCUCCCAGCUUGGAUUACAAGGGCUACCACCAGUACGUCGAUGACAACCUGCCGCCCGAGAGCCCCUACCUGUACGGCCUCCACCCCAACGCGGAGAUCGGCUUCCUGACCGUCACCUCCGACAGGCUUUUUCGGACAGUUCUGGAAAUGCAGCCCAAAGAAUCGGACGCUGGAGGAGGCUCGGGUGUCUCCCGGGAGGAACAGGUGAAGUCAGUCCUAGACGAGAUCAUCGAGCGGCUGCCGGAGCCAUUCAAUAUGGUGGAGAUCAUGGCCAGAGCAGCGGACAAGACCCCGUAUGUCGUAGUUGCCUUCCAGGAAUGUGAAAGAAUGAACAUCCUGACCCACGAAAUCAGGCGCUCUCUGAAAGAAUUAGAGCUGGGCCUAAAGGGAGAGCUAACGAUCACAUCAGACAUGGAAGAGUUGGCGAACGCUCUCUUCUACGACAACGUUCCCGAGUCCUGGACGCGUUACGCCUAUCCCUCUCUUCUUAGCUUAGGAGCCUGGUACGCAGACCUGCUCCUUCGCAUCAGGGAACUGGAAGUCUGGACAACGGACUUUGCGCUGCCUGCAACAGUGUGGCUGGCAGGAUUCUUCAACCCCCAGUCCUUCCUCACCGCUAUCAUGCAGUCCAUGGCCAGAAAAAACAAAUGGCCACUGGACAAGAUGUGUCUUUCAGUGGAAGUGACUAAGAAAAACCGCGAGGAUGUAACAGCUCCACCCAGGGAAGGCUCCUAUGUGCAUGGAUUAUUCAUGGAAGGCGCUCGAUGGGACGUUGUUUCCGGUGUGAUCGCAGACGCUCGACUGAAGGAGUUGACACCCAUGAUGCCAGUCAUCUUCAUCAGAGCCAUCCCUGUGGACCGCGUGGACACCAAGAACGUCUAUGAAUGUCCCGUCUAUAAGACACGGAUGCGAGGUCCCACCUAUGUCUGGACCUUUAACCUAAAGACAAAAGAAAAAGCUGCUAAAUGGAUCCUGGCUGCCGUCGCUCUGCUCUUACAGAUCUAAACUGUGACUAUGGAAAACAGC